UAAAAUAAAUAAAAAUGAAAAAAAUGGUGCCAAUAGUAUGACGUAUUCCUUAUUGGGCGAGUUCACGAGAACUUUCUAUCCGAUUUUGGGAUCACUUUUGUUUUCGAGCUUUGCGGCGUCCGUCACACGUUAUAUGAGGAGCGCGGAUGCCACGUCUACAGGAAGCGACAUUCUGCUUCGCUAGCCCCUCUGCGGAAGAGACGCAGCGCCCGGUCGAGUGGUGGUAGCUCGGCACCAGCUCUGCUAGCCGCUAGCCGCUAGCCGCCCGCCUCUCACUUACCAACGACGUCACUGGCAGGACUGCCUUAUAUAGCGGCUUUUCACAGGCAAUCAUGGCAGUUCAGAGAAGACUUGGCCGCCAAAGCCUCCUUGCAGUGUCACUGUUUUUGUGGACUUGGCUGUUGGGCAUGGAUGUGAGGGCUCGGCCAGCCAACAUGUCCGCCCCUAAAGACAAGAGCUUAAUCAACAAGGACGAGAAUGAGAUCCUUCCGCCGGACCACUUGAAUGGCAUGAAGAUAGGCCUGGAUGGUCAACUCAACAAGGACUUCCACCAGGAGGUCUUCUUGGGCAAAGAGAUGGAGGAGUUUGAGGAGGACUCUGAGCCAAGGCGGAACAGAAGGAAGCUUAUUGACAUCUUUUCUAAAGUGGAUUUCAACAAGGAUCACAGUGUGAGCGCCAAGGAGAUGCAGCGCUGGAUUAUGGAGAAGACGGAGGAGCAUUUUCAAGAGGCCAUGAAGGAGAACAAGAAUAGCUUCCAUAGUGUCGAUCCGGAUGGCGACGGUCAUGUAACAUGGGAUGAAUACAGAAUCAAGUUUCUUGCCAGCAAAGGUCUUAAUGAAAAGGAAAUUGCUGAGAAAAUCAAGAAUAACGAAGAUCUUAAACUGGAUGAGGAUACUCAGGAUGUUCUGGAGAGCCUGAAGGACCGCUGGUUUCAAGCUGACAACCCUCCGGCCGACCAGCUCCUCAAUGAGCAGGAGUUCCUGGCCUUCCUGCACCCGGAGCACAGCAGAGGCAUGCUCAAAUAUAUGGUCAAGGAGAUAAUGCGCGACUUGGACCAGGACGGCGACCAGAAGCUGACCUUGUCUGAGUUCAUCUCACUGCCUGUGGGUACUGUGGAGAACCAGGAGGGCCAGGACAUGGAUGACGAUUGGGUUCGCGAGCGGAGGAAAGAGUUUGAGGACGCCAUCGACUCUGACCGCAACGGCAUCGUCACCUUGGAAGAACUGGAGGAGUACAUGGACCCGAUGAACGAGCACAACGCUCUGAAUGAAGCCAAACAGAUGAUCGCGGUGGCUGACGAGAACCAGAACCACAGUCUGGAGCUGGAAGAGAUUCUCAAGUAUAGCGAAUACUUCACUGGCAGCAAGCUGAUGGACUACGCCAGGAAUGUCCACGAGGAGUUCUGAAGGGCCCACUGUGUCGAUUUACGCGUAGUCUAUUUUUAGUGUCGACCCGAGUUGCCCAGUCUCGUUCUGGCUUGGACUACGUGGAGGUAAAGCGGCUGUCCUCUUGAAUGUGUCGCACUAUGUUCAAAAUUGAUUAGUGUGCUUAAGCCUGUUUGCAAUAUGUGUAUAUGAGAUGUAUCCCUGAAUGAGACUGAAAGAUCAGCUUCUAAGUGUGUACAGUGUAAAUAUUUGAUUCGCAUGCAGCAGCUCUCCCUUGCUCAUUAAAUUGGGCUUCCUUUAAUAGUAAAUAAAUAUACAAGUAUCGUAACAAAUUAAUAUAUGAUUAUAAAAGCUCAGGUUUCAAACAACAAACUAGGAUUUAUUUAGGUCCUCUUAAUAUAAUUUACUAGCCCAAAUAUAUAUUCAUAUGAGCAGCACUGUUUGUUAAAGUUAUUGCUUUUGAUGUCACAUGCUUAAUGAGGUCAUUUUGUAAUUUUAGCAAAUGUUCAAGUGCAUGAUGUGUAAAAACAGCCCAGAAGUCUGUGGUUUAUACCCUGGAGUGUUGGAAUGCUGCACAGUGGAUGUAAGGGGAACAAUGACAACUAUUGCAGAUGCACUGUGAAAUAAAUAUUUACUAUCAAAUUA